CUGAGGGAGGAGGGGCUGGGGCUCUGAGUCCUGGGUCUGAGGGAGGAGGGGCUGGGGGCCUGGACUCCUGGGUCUGAGGGAGGAGGGACCUGGGUGUCUGGGCUCCUGGGUUUGAGAGGGAUGGGAACCCCUCUGUGCUCUGGUUGAAAGGGGCUGAUACCUAGUAGAAGAAGGUCUUCAGGAGGGGAGGAGCUUGGAGUUGGGAGUUUGGGUUUGGGAAAGAGAGUGGCCUUCCCCGCUCCCCACCCCUUCAUUCCGGGGACAGAAUUCGAACUUUGGGCCCCAGAGGCCAAAAAGCGAGGACUGGGAGGCUGGUGUCCUGGGCGGAGAGAAGCCAAGGCUGAGGCCAGCGUCCUUGGGUUGCUGAGAGUGGAGGCUGGGGUUUAGGGACGCGAUUCUCAGCCUGAGUGAUGGGGUGUGGUGUUUGGCGUGGAGGUGGCGAGAGGGGAUGGGCGUGGCCGGGGGAGCCCUUAAGCAGCGCGGAGAAGCCGGAGCGGUGUGUCCCCUCUCCGGCUGUCUUUGGCUGUGCAUUCCUGAGUUCUGAUCUCAGGGGGCGGCCGGAAGCCGGGCGGAAGGAGAUGGACCCCUCCCCUCCGGGUGGUCCCUGAGCUACCCACCUCCUUCCUUGAGGCACUUCUGGAGUUGUGGCUCGCGCUCUUCCUCCUUCCCUGCUUGGGACCCAGCAGUACCCGCUUUCUAGAACGCCAGAGUCCUUUUCCAGGUGUCGGACUUAAUCCACCUCCAGAGCCGGAUCUUUCUCGGUCGGGGUUCUCGGCAAAGACCGCAGCCAUGCCGGUGACGGUGACCCGCACGACCGUCACGACCACCAUGUCGUCAUCCUCAGGCCUGGGCUCCCCAGCCAUCGUGGGGUCCCCUCGGGCGCUGACCCAGCCCCUGGGCCUCCUCCGCCUGCUGCAGCUGCUCUGCACCUGUGUGGCCUUCUCCCUGGUGGCCAGUGUGGGUGCUUGGACCGGGAUCAUGGGUAACUGGUCCAUGUUCACUUGGUGCUUCUGCUUCUCUGUGACCCUCAUCAUCCUCGUGGUCGAGUUAUGCGGGCUCCAGUCCCGCUUCCCCCUGUCCUGGAGAAACUUCCCCAUCACCUAUGCGUGCUACGCUGCCCUCUUCUGCCUGUCGGCCUCCAUCAUCUACCCCACCACCUACGUCCAGUUCCUGCCUCACGGCCGCUCCCGGGACCACGCCAUCGCCGCCACCGCCUUCUCUUGCAUCGCUUGCGUGGCUUACGCCACCGAAGUGGCCUGGACCCGGGCCCGCCCCGGGGAGAUCACCGGCUACAUGGCCACCGUGCCCGGGCUGCUCAAGGUGCUGGAGACCUUCGUGGCCUGCAUCAUCUUCGCCUUCAUCAGCAGCCCCUCCCUGUACCAGCACCAGCCGGCCCUGGAGUGGUGUGUGGCCGUGUACUCCAUCUGCUUCAUCCUGGCGGCCGUGGCCAUCCUGCUGAACCUGGGCGAAUGCACCAACAUGCUGCCCAUCUCCUUCCCCAGUUUCCUGUCGGGCCUGGCCCUGCUCUCUGUCCUUCUGUACGCCACUGCUAUUGUUCUCUGGCCGCUCUACCAGUUCAGCGAGAAGCACGGCGGCCAGCCCCGUCGGUCAUGGGACGCGAGCUGCAGCGCCCGUCACACCUACUACGUGUGCGCCUGGGACUGCCGACUGGCCGUGGCCAUCUUGACGGCCAUCAACCUGCUGGCUUACUUGGCUGACCUGGUGUACUCGGCCCGCCUGGUUUUCGUUAGGGUCUGAGGCUCCGGCGACGGCGACGGGAGCUCUCAAUUCCCUCUUGUCCGCAGAGGUUUCUUUCCCACGCCCUCAUUUGCUCUUCCUGGCUCCCUCUCUCCUACCUUUCUCAUUUCCUCCCCGAUUCAUCCUGCUCGUCUCUCUGUUCCUUUAGCUCCUGCCUCCUCUCUCCUGUUGCUCUCGCCUUUCCUUCCUGUUUUGUUGGGUUGCCCACAUCCUGUUUUGCCUGUUUGCCUCUUUCUGUUUUCACCUCUUCUUUCCUACCUGUUUGUUUCUCGGCUCUAUUCUGGUCCUCUUGUUUGUUUUCUCAUCUGCCUGUAUCCUGGCCAUCUCUGUCCUGGUUUCUUUCUUCCGAUUUCCUUGGGAGCUCUGAGACUUCUUUCUUCUCUGCCACCACUCCACUGUCCCCCCACCUCCAAAGGUGCUGAGCUCCGCGUCCCACCCCCCUCUUUGCAGCUGUUCAUACCCUGGGCCUCCCGAGGGGCCUCAUUGCCAAAGCAUGCCUGCCUGCCCUGGCUGUGCCUUAGUUGGUGUGUACAUGUGUGUUUGUGGGGGUGGGGGUGGGUAGCUAGGGAUGGGGCUCCCUUUCUCCCAGUGGAGGGCGGUGUACAGCACAUGUCCCCUUUAAUCUCUGGAGGCCAGUGAUCUCCAACGGGCAUGAGGCUUAAAGCACAGGCCUUGGGUCCCCAGGCCCUGCCCGGCCCCCAGCCUCACCUGAGAUUGGCUCCAGAACUUUUGCCAGGCUUACUGACCAGAAUUUUUGCCAGGCUUACUAAAAUUCCACUGCCUGGAGGUCAUCUUAAAGGAAGUAAAGGGUGAAUGCUUUCCAUCCCAAGUGCUGUCUGGGUUAUCGAAAAAGUGGCUAGCAAAGAACUGCAUGGUCUUAAGGACAACUGUCUGAAGUAUUUAUAGGGGCAGGGAUGUGGCCCUCCCGCCUCUGUUAAAAACAGCAUGGACUGCCUUUGCUGGGAGAAGAGGUUGGCCACUGCCAGCCUUAAAGGCAAUGUGAGCCUGGGUUUGUUUGGUUGUUUGUUUUCUGUUUCUUUGUUUUUUUUUUUCCUUUUCCUGGUCACGAGGGCAAAAUGUACUGGGUGGCCCUCUUCUAAAAGGGAAGUUUCUUUUCAACGUCUUUUUCUGGGGGGGUGGUUGGGUUGGGUAGGUGGGGAUUGCUGUUGCCAUAGUCAGAAGAAUUGAAUUGCAUUGCUUGAGUGUGGUACACACACAAACACACACACACGUGUGUUUCUGCAUGCUCGUUCCUUCUUGUAGCUGCUUCCUGCUUCUCCGGGACUCACACGCGUAACGUCAUAUAUAUAAAUGUAUAAAUAUAUAUUUUAUUUUUUUUUUAAAUUCCCUGGAGCUUCUGAUUCCCAUCAGUCCCCGCUGUCAACCACAGAGGGAAGACUUGUCCGUUUCCUCACUCCCACAUCCAUAAUGGUUUUGGUUUUUUUUUUACAUCAAUAUAAAGAUAAAAGAAAAA